CAUUGGGCGAGGCACCGGACGUCGGCGACUGGCGGAGCCGGCGGCGAAGCUGGAGCGGCGGUGGCGGCGACGGCGGGAGGCCGGGGCUGAGGCCGGGGCUGGGGCUGCGAGGCCAGUGGGGCGGCAGGCGGCGGCGGCCCGGGGCCCAAGCCCGGAGGCAGGAGCGGCCGCUAUGUCCGAGAGCAUCAUAAUCCGUGUCCAGUCUCCGGAUGGAGUGAAGCGGAUUACUGCAACAAAGAGAGAAACAGCCGCAACAUUUUUGAAAAAGGUUGCAAAGGAGUUUGGCUUCCAAAACAACGGCUUCUCAGUUUACAUCAAUAGAAACAAGACCGGAGAGAUAACAGCAUCACCCAGCAAAUCCCUCCACUUGCUGAAAAUCAAGCAUGGCGAUUUGCUGUUCCUUUUUCCCUCGACUCUUGCUGGACCCUCAUCUGAGAUGGAGACAUCGACCCCAUCGGGGUUAAAGGCCUUUGGUGCUCCCAACGUGGUGGAAGAUGAGAUUGAUCAGUAUCUCAGCAAGCAGGAUGGGAAGAUUUAUAGGAGCCGAGACCCACAGCUGUGCCGCCACGGCCCCUUGGGAAAGUGUGUGCAUUGUGUCCCACUGGAGCCAUUCGACGAGGACUACCUGAACCACUUGGAGCCUCCAGUGAAGCACAUGUCCUUUCAUGCCUAUAUCCGGAAGCUGACUGGAGGCGCUGACAAGGGAAAGUUUGUUGCCCUGGAGAACAUCAGCUGCAAGAUUAAGUCAGGGUGCGAGGGACACCUCCCAUGGCCCAAUGGUAUCUGCACCAAGUGCCAGCCCAGCGCCAUCACGCUGAACAGACAGAAGUACAGACAUGUGGACAAUAUCAUGUUUGAGAAUCACACUGUUGCUGAUCGCUUCCUUGACUUCUGGAGAAAGACAGGGAACCAGCAUUUUGGGUACUUAUAUGGACGGUACACAGAGCACAAGGACAUUCCUCUUGGUAUCAGGGCCGAAGUGGCUGCGAUUUAUGAACCUCCUCAGAUUGGCACACAGAACAGCCUGGAGCUUCUUGAAGAUCCCAAAGCCGAGGUGGUUGAUGAGAUUGCUGCCAAGCUUGGCCUGAGGAAGGUUGGCUGGAUAUUCACAGACCUCGUCUCCGAAGACACCCGAAAGGGUACAGUUCGAUACAGUCGAAAUAAGGACACCUAUUUCCUGAGUUCAGAAGAAUGCAUCACUGCAGGAGACUUUCAAAACAAGCACCCCAACAUCUGCCGGCUCUCUCCUGAUGGGCAUUUUGGUUCCAAGUUUGUUACUGCAGUGGCCACAGGUGGUCCGGACAACCAGGUCCACUUUGAAGGAUACCAGGUGUCUAACCAGUGCAUGGCACUGGUCCGAGAUGAGUGUCUGCUGCCGUGCAAGGAUGCCCCUGAGCUCGGCUAUGCCAAGGAGUCCAGCAGUGAGCAGUAUGUGCCUGAUGUCUUUUAUAAGGAUAUUGACAAGUUUGGCAACGAAAUCACCCAGCUGGCCCGCCCCCUGCCUGUGGAGUAUCUGAUCAUAGACAUCACGACAACCUUCCCCAAGGAUCCAGUUUACACUUUUUCUAUUUCACAAAAUCCAUUUCCUAUUGAAAACCGGGAAGUACUAGGUGAGACACAGGACUUCCAUAGUUUGGCCACCUAUUUGUCCCAGAAUACCUCAUCUGUGUUCUUGGAUACCAUCUCAGAUUUCCACCUCCUGUUGUUUCUGGUCACCAAUGAAGUCAUGCCUCUGCAGGACAGCAUCAGCCUGCUGCUAGAAGCUGUAAGGACUAGAAAUGAGGAGCUGGCACAGACGUGGAAGAAGUCUGAGCAGUGGGCCACCAUCGAGCAGCUCUGCAGCACUGUUGGUGUGCAGCUCCCUGGCCUCCAUGAGUAUGGAGCUGUCGGGGGUUCUGCACACGCUGCCACCGCUGCCAUGUGGGCCUGUCAGCACUGCACCUUCAUGAACCAGCCAGGCACAGGCCACUGCGAAAUGUGUAGCCUCCCCAGGACCUAGGGCUCCAGCCCUCUGCUGGGUGGAACUUGGCCAGCCCAGUCCUCUCUCAAGCCAGGAGCCCCAUGCGUUCCCUGUAAGGCCUGAGGCCCACAGCUCUGAAGGGGCAGGGCUGGCCACCCUGGUGUCUCGGACCUACUGAAGCUUUUUGAUGCCAAUCCUGGAGAGAAGGAACCCCUGCUGCUGUGCUGGGACUGAACAGAACCUCCCAACUGGAAGCACAGAGUGGCCCCAUCCAAGAACACCCCACAAGCCUCACCCAGUUAAUAGCCCUCCCACCCCCACUGUGUUGGAAGGACCAGGCACCUCCAAAUUAUCACCUGAAAUGGGGGGUGCAGAGAGGCGUUGCUGCUGCCAACUAGCUUUCUUUUUCCUUCCUUUUGAUGCUUUUUGUUCAUUGUUCCCCCACCCUGUGUUUUUGGUUGGGAGCUCCUGGCUGCCUCUUGUGUUCUAUUGCUUUGGGAUGUAGGCCCUGCCUCAAGAGCCACAUCCCUCCCAUUUGAGGUCUGGUCAGAGCACUGAGGCUAAGCUAUGGCCUCCUUGGGUUGACAUGCACAUUAGUGUGUAGCCUGUUCUCUCACCCAACAUCCAGGUGGGAUUUUAAAGUCUUUGUUGGUUAUAAUAACAGUUAUCAGUAAUUCCUGCCCAGAAAACUUUUAUUUAUUGUUUUUAAGAUAAAACUACACAAAAGGGGAGUGAGAAAUUAGUUUCCGCCUCCUUUCCUCCUUCAGUGCAGCCCCUCAUGGGUGUUCAGGGAGGUAAGUGAACUGGGGACCACCGUCAGUUCUCUGAAGCAAACCUCAGUGCCUGAGACUUUUCUACCAAGCCACAUGGCUGUGGCAGCUGGCAACAUGGGUGGCUGAGCAGGAGCAGAGUGGUGGCCCUUGCCUGACGGGCAGCCCUUCCAGAUAGCCUGGAUGGGCCAGCACUGGGGCUCUGGUCCCCUCCCUCCAACACUGGUCCUCUACUCACAGCCUCCCCAUAUCCUGGCUUUCUGAGACAGGAUCAGGUGAGGACCUCAUAGGGCCUCUGUAGGGCCUGCACAGUUGAUAAUGUCUACACAGUGUCAGGUCCAGGCAAUCCAGAAUAGCAUCCCAGUGGUCUCUUGAGUGUCCCCCAUAGCUGGGCCGUGGUCCAGCCCUUUCCCAGGCAAGCUGUGGGCAUCUUGAUGCCUCUUUGCCUUAACGAGAGCUGAAUCAGCUGUGCUACACCCUGGGAAAGGUGGACCUAACCGCUGAAAGCUGAAAGACUUGUGUUUCAUCCUGCCCCGCCUGUCCUUCGCCCUAUGGAUGGAGAAUGCUUGCUUGUUGGGCUCUUGUGGCAGGGCUGUGGCCAUCAUUCCAAGGUCUGCCUGCCAUAGGAUCCCAAGUCAACGCUGGGUAGCUCAUCUACUCCUGGGGCACACUGGGUUUGGUCUGGUCAUGGCAGGGCUGUCCUGGAGGGAGGGUCAGGAGUGGUGGAAAGCAGCAAACAGUUUUCUGAGCUGUCUGCUAGCAUGCCACAGAGAAGGGCUGUCUGGUUUCCCUCCUGACAGCUUCCUUGGCUGGGGCUUUGCCCUCCCGUCUCACCUGGUCCUUAAGAUCAACUGUGAGACUGGAUGGCCUGGCACUAUUGUACCCAUUGUUUACUGUGUUUGCAAGGCUAUGGUAGCACUGUUGCCCAUCCUGGGCAAGUGCAGUACAGUGUAGACUUUUGGAGUCCUUUCCAACAUUGUACCACAGCUUCCUCUCCCACUUUCUCUUGUCUUAUACACAAAGCUAGUUUCCUUUUCUCCUCAGCCAAUAUUUUUCUCACUCUGAAAUUCUGGCACACACAUAAUUCACGUCUUUUGUCUUCUAGCUAAAGAAAAAGUGUUGUGAUUUUUCUGCUUAUGGUUCUGAGUUGCUCUUUGUUCAGUAAUGCACUUUAUUUUAUUGUCCAAAGAGAGUCAAGCUAAUGCUACCAGCUUGGGGUGAGCCCUGCUUCACCUCACAUCCCCUGUGGACACCUCUCGUGCCACCAGGCACCAUGGCCUAGAGAGGGGUGCCUGAGUGCACACCUGCACCAGUGAGCUCAGUGGCUGCCGUGGUCCCCUCCAGGUGAGGUGGGGUCUGGCCCACCUCUGACUGGCCUGCUCCUGGGACAUGGGUGCUGCCGCUUCAGCUCUGCUUUGGGCUCACAGGUGUGCAUCAGCUGGGUGUGGACUAGCCUUACCUUGAUCCCAGCCCUGCAGUGGAACCUAAUAAAAGCGCCUGAAGCGACUGCCCUGCUCCCAGUGUUGUUCCUGUGCCCUAAGCUGUUGUCUGCGGGUUUUGUCUGGCAUGUGUUCUGUGUGAAGUGGUUUGUUAAGUCCCUCUUCUCCAGGACGUUACUGUCCUAUAUGUUUGGACUAUUUCAGGGUAUGACCCAACUUCCCUACCUAU